AUGGUCGCCUUCAGACCUGCUUCCCAGUACUCUGCAUCUUUUUUCACUGUGAUAUGGUCAUUCCUGCGGACUUUAUGGGUCCAUAUCUUCAAUGACAACUUGCUGAUAUGGAAGUAUACCAAGGGGGCGCACAAUCCGCAAGCGGAUCACAUUGGUCCGUUGUACAUCGUCGGAGCACCGAACCGUAACAUCGACGACGGAAAGGCGGUCUUGGCGUCCAACAACGAUCUGAAACUACAUCCGUUCCUUCCGCUAAUACGGGUCACGGACCCGGAGGGGAAGCCGGUGCCCAACACCAAAUUCGAUUUUUUGGCAGAGACGAGUUACUCCAUCAGACACUACGGUCUACGAGGUACCUUCGUUACCGAUGCGAACGGCACGGUCGAAGUUCCGACGAUCGCUCCGAAAGCGUACGGACGGAAGGGCCAUCUCAGGGCAGCGCACUUCCACACGAUCAUCGACCCUCCCAGGGCACAACGGAAACUGCUGGACGGGAUGACCACGCAGCUGCUCAAUUUGUUCCGACCACCCCGCGUCGGCAAUGUGCUCCAGGCGUGGUGCAUACCUGAGAAUGCCAAGGAUCGUGCCGGCUUCAUGGACCUGCUCGCAUUGGCUAACCCGGAGGCUAAAACAUGGAAGUAUACCAAGGGGGCGCGGAAUCCGCAGGCGGAACACAUUGGUCCGCUGUACAUUGUCGGAGCACCCAAUCGUAACAUUGACGACGGAAAGGCGGUCUUGGCAUCCUACAACGAUCUGAAAAACGAUCCAUUCCUUCUGACAUUGCGAGUCACAGAUCCUGAAGGGAACCCGGUGCCCAAUACGAAAUUUGACUUUUGGCAGGUGCACCCCAAGACGAGUUACUCCAUCAGGCACUACGGUCUGCGGGGCACCUUCGUCACAGAUGCGAGCGGCACGGUGGAAGUCCUGUCAAUCACCCCGAGGGAGUACGGGCCAAAAGGCCUUACCAGGGCAGGGCACUUCCACAUGAUGAUCGACCCUCCCAGAGCACUGCGGAAGACACUGGACUCCAUGACCACGCAGCUCUACGUCUGUGCUGCGAACCACCCCCGUCAGAUGGAAACUGAUGUCCUCAACGUGUUCCGCCCGCCCCGGCUCGGCAAUCUGCUCAAGGCAUGGUGCAUACCCGAGAACACCAAGGAUCAUGCCGGCCUCAUGGAUUUGCCCGCGUUGGAUGACUCCGAGGUCAAGAAGCGCGUGGACGCAUGGCACAAGAUGCUGUCCGACCAAGGAUAUGGCGAUGCUAAAGUGGUGGCCGGGGCACAGUACAACUUUGUCUUGAAUCCCAAGGGGCGUGCCCUCAAAUGA